UUUGUCAACUUCCGAGGUGGGAGGAAGUUCGUCUGAUGUUUUAUGGUGUCUCUUCAUCCUCUGUGUACAUCUCGAUCAGACACUGUCCCAUCUGCGUUAAGUGCCUGCGCUCUUCAGCAUGAACCGAAAAAAAACCCACUGCUAUCUGGAGACAGGGCCGUCCUCGGAGUCCCAGGCCGCGUUUGUGGACAACACAAGGUCCUUCAGCCGAGACGAGGAGGAUUUCUCCGAGCUCGAGCCCGACGAGCAGCUGGUGUGCUCGGUGACCGAGAUCACGGAGCACCUGGGCAGGAACAUCACGGUGGUGCUGGAGUCCGCGCUGUCCGAGAUACGCAAGCUGGUCAGCGUCCGGAUCAGGGUCCUGAAGAUGGAGCUCCGCGAGAAAACCGACGAGAUCGAGCUGCUGAAAGCCAAGCUGGAGUCGACGGAGAAAGAUGGGAGGGUUUCUAACUCCAGCAGCCUGGACUUCAGGAAAGCAGAGCAUCAAACGGGCCAGAAAUACUACGCCGACCCGAAGAAAGCCAAACCCGGGACGCCCGUGGUUAAGAAGGAGAACAUCAACGCGAUCUGCGAUUAUCUGAUGAAGGAUAAGAACCAGAGGGGUGCUGCUGAAGUGGAGAGCGACCACAGCAAUCAGGCCUUUGGGUCCGAGCGGGACAUGCGGACCGAGCCGCAGCCGCACGCCUCUCUGAGCCUGUGGACGGACAGCGGUCCCCCGGACACCGACACGGACUCGGACAUUUUCAGCAUGCUGCCAUCCGCCAGCAGGCGUUUAUAUGACUACGAGUGGAUGACAGGGGUCGAACUCAACUCAGCUGAGUUUAAAGGUGAUACUGAAACAAAAUGUGAAGACGUUCCCACUGUGGAUGAGGAGGAUGACACUGAAGACUCUGAAGGAGGGAGAGGAAGUUUGAGGUCAGUGUCCGACCAUUUUCCUCUGGACACUCAGGGCUCCCCGCGGGAGGACAGGAGCAGCCCAGCGGAGGACAGUGUUGAGCCAGGUCAGCAGUUCUCCUCUCACAGCUUCAUCUGCCCCUUCUGUGGAACCCUUUGCCCUGACUCUUCUUUCCUGGAGGAGCACAUCAAGCUCAUGCAUCAUGACGAGAGCACUCUUCAGUCGGCCCCAGGUGCUUCUUCCUCUCAUGCGGAGGGCGACUCGGGCCGAGCUCUGGGAGCCCCAGAAAGACCUGUUGGCCGGGGCGCACGGGAGAAGAAAGUGGAGGGUGGCUAUGAGUGCGGCGACUGCGGCCGUCAUUUCAACUACCUUGGAAACCUGCGUCAGCACCAGCGCAUCCACACCGGCGAGAAGCCUUUCGUUUGCCCUGAGUGCGGAGAGCGUUUCCGGCACGCCGCGCGUCUCAAGAGCCACCGUCUCAGCCACAGCGGAGCCCAGAGCCCCUUCCCCUGCCCCCAGUGCGGUAAGGGCUUCCCAGUACUGUCCGGACUGAAGCGCCACCAGCGUGUGCAUACGGGAGAGAGUCCAUACGCUUGUCCUCAAUGCGGCCGCAGAUUUAAAGAGCUGGGCAACUUGUACACACACAUGCGCAUUCACAGCGGCGCUACGCCCUAUUCUUGCUACCAGUGUGGGCGGAGCUUCAGGCAUCUGGGCACAUAUAAGAGUCAUCGCUGUAUGCCGGCUACACAGUUAGCCAGUGGACACAGUCCAGCAUGGGCGCAGGAAGACAAGGUGCAAACCGGGUAACAGGCUGGGAACAGGUCUGUUCAAAAAGUGGUUCGUUACUUUCUCGACUGCUGGUUCAGGAUCAGUUUCAAGUCUGAGAAAAAAGCUCGGCUGGGGAAAGAUGUGAGAAAGGCCAUUAAGACGAUAAAACAACAUCAGGUUUCUUCAUAAACAUGAGGCUGUAUGAAUUAGCGCAUCUUGUUUAUUCAAGUUGGUUCAUGGCAUCUUUAAUCGUAAACUGCUGCUCGUUAAAUGUUUGUUUUUUAAACAUUUUGCAAUAAUUUCUUCCAGCGUCAAACAUUAAAAGGUGUUUGAAUGUCCAUACACAGUAUUUUAAGACUUGAUGUAAUUUAACUAAUUUUCUUUUACAUCAAAACUUUUUUUCUAAAAUAUGUUUCUGACUCUGUUUAGAAGCAGAUAACAGGGCCCCAAGGACCUACUAAAACUAAUUUGACAACACAGUCUCACUCUUACACAUAAGCACCAUAGUUAUACAAUGCUACUUGGAUAUAUACCUAUUGUGUUGAAUAAUUACCAUAUCCAUUUACUGUAUGUACACAUAUGUACACAUCAAAAGUUUGGGGUCUGUAUGAUUUUUUUUUUUUUUACGUUUCUGAAGUACAAAAGAAAAAACAACAGUGUUCAUUUGAAAUGGGUAACAUUAGAAACAUCUUUGAUUUUUUUUUUAUCAAAAAGAAAAACAAAACUCUGACCCCGAACAUGAUACUUCAGAUAAUACCAUGGUGUGUGUCCUACGCCAGUCCAAUUAGUAUGCAUUAAUUAAGUCUGAAUAUACCGGUGAAGAUUAAACCGGAAUUAAUUUUUAUAGAAUUAUAGAUCUGCAAGUUACGUUCUAAUUGCUAACUGUUAAUAGGGUUGCCCGGAAUAUAGCUAAUGUAACACAAUUUAAUAAAACUGAAAGUUGGUUUAGCAAAUCAAAAUCAUGGUUUUGAAAAAUCAGGUAGUUUAAAAUGCAUUGCAGUGUCAUUUUGAAAAGAUUACAAGCUUGUAUUGACGGGCGCAUUUAAAGCGCGCGAGUGCUGCCAUCGUGUGGAGGACUUCUGUUACUGCAUCACCGCCUCAGUCAGCGGAUCUGUGUUCAAUUUGUUCGAAUUGUGUGAUCGCACUAUUAACACUUUUUUAUUAUUUAUAUUAGUGCAUUUGUUUAUAUACUUCUACCUGUAUUUUAACAGCUUAUAAGUUUGAAAAAAUAUACCUGAAUGGAAACAAUAUGGAUUAAGAAAACGUGUUAUUCUGAAAUGAACUUGGACAUGUUUAAUGGAAAGGACUUUACCAAAUCUUAGAAAUACAAGAAAUCCAUCGGAUUCAUUUUAACAACUCGGGUUUAAUUUUACUCAAAAUAUCCUGAAUAUUAAUUAUUAAAUAACACAAAAAAAUAAAUUAAGUACAAUUUGUUAUUUCUCAGUGAUAACUUUGAAUGAUCUGUACAAGGCAAACUGAACUGUAACUAAUAAAUACUCUUAAGAUA